GCCCCAGCGCGCCGCCGCCCGCCCCCGCCCGCUCCCGCCCGCUCCCGCCCGCCCCAGCGCGCCGCCGCCCAUCCGGAGAGUCUGAGGCAAAGGCGCGCAGGCCCGCGCCGGGCGGGGCCUCUCCCGGCCUGAUGGAGGGCACUGCGGGUCGUGGGGGCCAAGCGCCCGGCUUCUUACUUCGGUUUCAGACUGAGGGCCGAGCCGAGGCGGCGCGGGCGCGGGUGCAGGAGCAGGAUUUACAGCAAUGGGGGCUGACAGGGGUUCACCUACGCUCUUAUCAACUGGAGGGAGUCAACUGGCUUGCCCAGCGCUUCCAUGGUCAGAAUGGCUGCAUCCUGGGAGACGAGAUGGGCUUGGGGAAGACCUGCCAGACGAUUGCUCUCUUCAUUUACUUAGCAGGAAGAUUAAAUGAUGAAGGACCAUUUCUGAUUCUUUGUCCCUUGUCUGUUUUGAGCAACUGGAAAGAAGAAAUGCAGAGAUUUGCUCCAGGUCUUUCCUGUGUAACGUAUGCAGGUGACAAGGAGGAAAGAGCCCACCUUCAGCAAGACCUAAAACAGGACUCACGUUUUCAUGUGCUACUGACUACCUAUGAGAUUUGCUUGAAAGAUGCCUCAUUUCUAAAAUUAUUCCCUUGGAGUGUUCUUGUUGUGGAUGAAGCUCACAGGUUGAAAAACCAAAGCUCUCUGCUGCAUAAGACCUUGUCAGAGUUCUCAGUAGUCUUCAGUCUCCUGUUGACUGGAACUCCCAUCCAGAACAGCCUCCAAGAGCUCUACUCCCUCCUCAGUUUUGUGGAACCUGAUCUUUUUUCCAAGGAAGAGGUGGGAGAUUUUGUUCGACGGUACCAGGAUAUUGAGAAAGAGUCUGAGUCAGAUGCAUUUGAAAAUGAGACAGGAAAGAAAGUUAAACUUCAGAACAUCUUGUCCCAGCUUCGAAAGUGUGUGGAUCACCCAUACUUGUUUGAUGGUGUGGAGCCAGAGCCUUUUGAAGUUGGAGACCACCUGAUUGAAGCUAGUGGGAAACUUCACCUGCUGGAUAAGCUACUAGCGUUCCUGUAUUCCAGGGGCCAUCGGGUUUUACUUUUCUCCCAGAUGACGCAGAUGUUGGAUAUUCUUCAAGACUAUAUGGAUUACAGAGGCUACAGCUAUGAGCGUGUGGACGGUUCUGUGAGAGGAGAAGAGAGACACUUGGCCAUUAAGAACUUCGGACAGCAGCCCAUUUUUGUUUUCCUCCUGAGUACUAGGGCAGGUGGAGUUGGCAUGAACUUAACGGCAGCAGAUACUGUGAUUUUUGUGGACAGUGACUUCAACCCUCAGAAUGACUUGCAAGCAGCUGCCAGGGCUCAUCGAAUUGGCCAAAACAAGUCAGUUAAAGUUAUUCGGCUGAUUGGCCGAGACACUGUGGAAGAAAUCGUCUAUAGGAAAGCAGCCUCCAAACUGCAGCUCACCAACAUGAUCAUAGAAGGAGGCCAUUUCACUCUGGGAGCCCAGAAACCCUCAGCCGAUGCUGACCUCCAGUUGAGUGAGAUACUCAAAUUCGGUUUGGAUAAACUGCUGGCCUCUGAAGGGAGCACCGUGGAUGAAAUAGACCUGGAGGCCAUCCUGGGAGAAACAAAAGAUGGCCAGUGGACUUCUGAUGCCUUGCCUGCAGCAGAAGGAGGGAGCAGAGAGCAAGAGGAAGGAAAAAAUCAUAUGUACUUAUUUGAAGGGAAAGAUUACUCUAAAGAGCCCAGUAAGGAAGACAGAAAAUCAUUUGAACAACUGGUAAACCUUCAGAAAACCCUUUUGGAGAAAACCACUCAAGAGGGCCGAUCACUCCGAAAUAAAGGCAGUGUUCUCAUCCCAGGCCUUGUGGAGGGAUCUACCAAAAGGAAGCGGGUUCUGAGCCCUGAAGAGCUGGAGGACAGGCAGAAGAAAAGACAAGAAGCAGCUGCUAAGAGAAGGAGAAUCAUCGAGGAGAAGAGGAGGCAAAAGGAAGAUGCUCAGCAUAAGAAAAAGAUGGCCUGGUGGGAAUCCAACAACUACCAGUCCUUCUGCCUGCCCUCUGAGGAGAGCGAGCCAGAGGACCUUGAGAAUGGGGAAGAUGAGAGUUCUGCUGAGCUGGAUUACCAAGACCCAGACGCUACCUCCCUCAUGUACGUUAGUGGUGAUGUCACCCACCCUCAGGCUGGGGUUGAGGAUGCUCUCAUCGUGCACUGCGUAGAUGACUCUGGCCACUGGGGCAGAGGUGGUUUAUUUACAGCUCUGGAAAAACGAUCCGCUGAGCCAAGAAAAAUAUAUGAGCUGGCUGGGAAAAUGAAAGACUUGAGUUUGGGAGGUGUCCUUUUAUUUCCUAUUGAUGAUAAAGAGUCAAGAAACAAAGGGCAAGAUUUGUUUUCUUCUCCUCUACCAGACUGAUUACUUUACGGAGGGAAAGGCUGGAUGGAUUUAGGAGACAUGAAAGGUCAUAGAACAGGGUGGCUCUGGAAGAAGGAAGCACCUUCAGCCAGCUCUUGCCUUCAAAAACAAUGGCCCCGGGAAGAGAGACUGAGAAGUGAGCUUCUUUCUCCAGACAAGUAGUGUACCUCCUCACCUUUUUGCACCGCACAACAUCAAGAUCUGGAAGAAAAUACAUUGAUCUGGAGCUUGUCAAAUGUGACUUCAGAAAAACCACAGGAUCUUUUUUCUCCUAGCUACCAAAUCCAGUUCAGCUUCAAGGAAUAAGGGAAUUGUGAAAAGGGUACAAGCCCAUCACAGAGUGACUGGUGAUAUUGGGGAGGGCAGGAGACUGAGAGCCACCAGAGAAGGAGUCAUAGAGGGAAGACUAUAAGUCGUGGCUUUUCACACUUGCGUGUGUCUCAGUCGUGGCUGAGUAUCCUCACCCAGCCUAAUUUCUGCUACUUUGAGGCCAUCAACACCUAGAGUGCUAUGGAGGCCUCAUGAAAAGCUUCAGUCCUGGGCUUUGAUGUGGAGAACCCUGGCUGUUGGGCUCAGAGCCGGGACCAUGGUCUUCUAAGGAAGAUGGUACCUGUGUUUACUGUUCUGACUCUUCUCACACAUUCAGCCUUGGAUAAUACAGCAUCAUGCUGUAGACCUAUUUGAUCAAAAACUCAGGAUUCCUUGCUUUUUUUUUCUCCCAAAACUUGCAUCAAUUUUAACUGCCUCCUAUCUGCUACUCUUCCCACCACCCUUAACAUGUAGGUUGUUACAGUAACUUACUGAAUUAUAUCUUAAGUCUUGCCUACAACUGGAAGCAGAAUUGGAACUCCACAAAGUGAAACCUAACCUAACGCACAGGUGAGUUGCUGUGCCUUUCGGAAGCAGUCUGAGUGCAAAUAGGUGGAGUGUUAGCACAUGCCAAGAAAACUUGACUGGGCCCCAUGCAAAAGCUGUAGAUCCUCUUGGAAAGCCGUGCUUAUUUCUGAGGGCAGAGUGCAUGGGGCUAGCUGGGGAUGUUUCUGAAUGUCUGAGAGAAGCAUCACAGCAGGGAACUCGCUUCCAAAGGGAAUGUGGCUGACCUUUCAGGGGCACAGUUGCCUUUUGUGGGGAAAAAGUCUUCUUUUUUUCCCCCUAUACUGUCUGCCAUGCUUCAGUCAUGUGGAAUUUUUCUCUGGAUGGAGUCCCUGACCCAUGAACCUUGGUCUUCUAGAAAGCUAGGCAUAAACAAUACAGAGGAAGAUCAGAAAUGUCAUGUAGCACAUUCUCCCUUAAAUUUGGGGUCACUUCUCAGUGGCAGUGUCCAGAUUUGCUUGCCCACCUCUCUUAACUCUUCAGAGUCAAAAACACUGUCCUACUAUGUUUCCAGAGAUCUGCCUUAUCUUUUGUAAUCCCUUCAACUCUUUUUAUCAAACAGGUAUCCCUCUCUGGGAAGGUAUAAUGAGAGAGGCUGUCUAUUCUAUUUAUCCCAAGGGUUUGUUCUCUUUCUUCCACACCAUAUCUUUGAUGCCAUCUCCUCCUUCCCUCUGAGGAUGAAACCAAGAGGAAAAUAGCAGAUUUUAUUCACUGAUGAGCUUUUGUAGACUAAACAUCAGCUUCUGUGCAUCGUAACCAUCAGAAGGACAACCGGCUUAUUGAGACAGGAACUUAAGUCUAUUGAAAUUUUUUUGUAAGUAUAGGCUUAUAUUUUCUUGACUGUUAAUAAAUUUUCCUUUAUCUUAUAACAAGCCUACAACUUCUUUUAUUUUUUUGCCCCAUAAAAACUGUAUUCUAUUAAGUUAAUUAACCUUUUAAAAUACAGCUUGAAUCAGCCAUUUUUGAGCCUUAAACUGUUUUUCUAGGUCUGUGUCUUCUGUGUUUUCCCAUCUACUAACUGAAGUACAGUUGCUGCUCAGUAUUCAUGGUGGAUUGGUUCCGGGACCUCCCAUGGAUACCAACAUCUGGGGAUGCCAAAAUCCCAAAUACAGAAUGGCAUAGUAUUUGCAUAUAGCCUCAUAUCCUCCUGUAUACUCUAAAUUAUCUCUAGAUACUUACAACACCUAAUAAGAUGUAAAUGCUAUGUAAAUAGUUGUCAUACUGUAUUGUUUAGAAAAUAAUGACAAGGAAAAGUCUGUACAUGUUCAGUACAGAUAUAUUUAAAAAUAUUUUUCAUCCACAGUUGGUUUAAUUCAUAGACGUAGAUGCCUUGGAUACAGAGAGCUGACUGUGUAAACUCACUCUAGCAUUAUUUACCUUUCACCACAAUCUGCCUUCUUGUUUCCGAAAGACAUCUGCAUUUUCUCACAUAGGCUCAUACUGGGAUGUCUCCUCAUGCUGGUGCCUCUUCCUUGACUGCCUUUCUCCUCGAAAUUCUUUUCCUAGCAUCUAUGCCUUAUAAAAUCUAGUCUUUAAGAAGCCAGAAAAAGGCACUUUCUACAUUCCCACUAAAAUGUAAUCUCAGUGCUACCAGUGAUAGCUGGGGUUUAUAGCACUUAACUUUGUUGUGCCCUUAUUCUCUUCGUUAGUGCAUUAACCCUCACCUAGACAGCCAGGUCUUUGAGAAUCAUAUAAACCAAUAAGCUGACACUCAAAUCUUUGUUGAGUUAAAAUAUGAAAAUAACUGCCUAUCAAUUUGGAGAAUAUAAUGCACUCUAGAUAGUUUAAGUAUCUUAAUAUAAAACUUGAGAAUAUGGAAAGUAAUGUCAUUCUUGUGGUGUCAGACUAACAGUUGCCUUUUUUUUUUUUUGAGACAGUCUCACUCUGUUGCCCAGGCUGAAAUGAAAUAAAGAGGAAUGAAUUUCUUGAGACAAAUGAAAAUGAACACACGCUAAAACCCAUGGAAUAUAGCAAAAGCAGUUCUUAGUGGGAAGUUUAUAGCAGUAAGUGCCUACUAAGAUCUCCAACAACAUAAUAUUGUAUUAUACUUCAAGGAACUGGAAAAAACAAGAACAAAUUAAACACAAAAUUAGUAGAAGAAAAGAAAUAUUAAAGAACAGCAGAAAUAAAUGAAAUAGAGACUUAAAAAAUGAUAAAAGAUCAACAAGAUGAGCUGGUUUUUUGAAAAGAUAAAUCUUUAGCUGGACUAAGAAAAACUUCAAAUCAGAGAUGAAAGAGAUAUUGUAACUGAUUCUUCAGAAAUAUAAAGGACCAGGCCAGGCGCAGUGGCUCAUGCCUGUAAUCCCAGCACUUUGGGAGGCUGAGGCAGGCAGAUUACUUGAGGACAGGAGUUUAAGACCAGCCUGGCCAACAGGCUGAAACUCCAUCUCUACUGAAAAUAUAAAGUUAGGUGUGGUUGUAGGCACCUGUAAUCCCAGCUACUUGGGAGGCUGAGGCAGAAGAAUUGCUUGAACCCAGGAGGCAGAGGUUGCAGUGAGCCGAGAUUGUACAACUUUAUUCCAGCCUGGGCCACAGAGCAAACUCACAUUUAAAAAAAAAAAAAAAAAAAGGAACUGGGUGCAGUGACUCACGCCUGUAUUCCCAGCACUUUGGGAGGCUGAAGUGGAUGGAUCAUGAGGUCAAGAGAUGGAGACCAUCCUGGCCAAUGUGGUGAAACCCCAUCUCUACAAAAAAAUAUGAAAACAUUAGCUGGGUGUGGUGGUGCACACCUGUAGUCCCAGCUGCUCAGAAGGCCGAGGCAGGAGAAUCACUUGCACCAGGGAGGUGGAGGUGGCAGUGAGCCGAGAUUGAGCCACUGCACUCCAGCCUGGCCACAGAGUGAUAUUCUGUCUCUUAAAAAAAAAAAAAAAAAAAAAGGAUCAUAAGAAACUUAAGAAUAAUUAUAUGCCAAUAAGUCAGAUAACCUAGAAGAAAUGGGUAAAUUUCUGGGCAUGUUAUAAAUAAUUAUAGAAUUCAAGAAUUGUAAAGAAAAAAUCUGAACAGAGGCCAGGUGUAGUGGUACACAGCUGUACCCUGAGCAUUUUGGGAGGCUGAAGUGGGUGGAUCACUUGAGCCUAGAAGUGAGAGACCAGCCUGGACAACACAGUGAGACCCUGUUUCUACUAAAAACAAAAUGAAAAAAUAUUGGAUGUGGUGGUCCACACUUGUGGUGCCAGCGACUCAGGAGGAGUAGGAGACUGAGGGAGUACUGCUUGAGUCCAGGAGUUGGAGGCUGCAGCGUUAAAAAACAAGGACAUUAAAACAGUAAUAAAAAACCUAUCACCGGGUGCGGUGGCUCACACCUGUAAUCCCAGCACUUUGGGAGGCCGAGGCGGAUGGAUCACAAGGUCAAGAGAUUGAGAUCAUCCUGGUCAACGUGGUGAAACCCCGUCUCUAUUUAAAAUACAAAAAAUUAGCUGGGCAUGGUGGUGCGUGCCUGUAAUCCCAGCUACUCAGGAGGCUGAGGCAGGAGAAUUGCCUGAACCCAGGAGGCGGAGGUUGCGGUGAACUGAGAUCGCGCCAUUGCACUCCAGCCUGGGUAAUAAGAGCGAAACUCCACCUCAAAAAAAAAAAAAAAAAACCUUCUGGGAAAGAAAAGCCCAGGAACAGAUGACUUCAGUCGUAAAUUCUACCAAACCUUUAAAGAAUUAGUACCUACUGGGUAUACCCAAAGAAUUAUAAAUAGUUCUACUAUAAAGACACAUGCACAUGUAUGUUCAUUGCAGCCCUGUGUACAAUAGCAAAGACCUGGAACCAACCCAAAUGCCCAUCAAUGAUAGACUGGACAAAGAAAAUGUGGGACAUAUACACCAUGGAUACUAGGCAGCCAUAAAAAUUGAUAGGUUUGUGUCCUUUGUAGGGACUUGGAUAAAUCUGGAAACCAUCAUUCUCAGCAAACUGACACAAGAACAGAAAGCCAAACACCGUAUGUUCUCACUCAUAUGUAGGUGUUGAACAAGAACACGUGGACUCAGGGAGAGGAGCAUCACACACUAGGGACAGUUGGGGGGGGGUGUAAGGGAGACAGUGGGCGGUGGGGAGGGAGGGGAGGGAUCAUGGGGAGAAACGCCAGAUAUAGUAUGCACCUAAAGUAAAAUAAAAAUAGAAUUAAUACCAAAAAAUUAAGAAGAUGGAAUACUUGGAAACUUAUUCUACAAUGUCAUCAUUAUCCCAAUACCCAAAGCCAAACAACAAAACCAAACAAGGACAUAAGAGAAAAAGAAAACUACAGGCCAGCGUCCCUGUCGAACAUAGAUGUAAAUGUCUUCAACAACAACAAAAUUCAGCAAACCAAAUUUAACAACACAUGAAAAUGGUCACCCAUCGUGAUCAAGUGCAAUUUAUCCCGGGAAUUUGAGAGUGGUUCAAUAUACAGAAAUCAAUAAACAAUACAGAAUGUUAACAGAGGGAGAGACAAAAACCUUAUAAUCAUUUCAGUUGAUGGAGAAAAAGCAUUUGACAAAAUUCAGAAUUCCUUUAUGAGAAAAGCCCUAAAACUAUUGAAGGAUUGUACCUCAACACAAUAAAGACCAUAUAUGACAAACUUAUAGCUAACAUACCGAAUGGGGACAGGUUGAAAGCCUUCAUGCAAAGAUUUGGAACAAGACAAGGAUGCUCACUUUUGCCACUUCUCCCCGCCCUUCCCGAAUGCUUUUAAUAAUCACAUUUAAUUACUUUCUUAAAGCUAUAAUAGAAAUUUAAAAAUAAUAAAAUAGUUUGAAGUAACCAUA